CUACCAUGACAUUUAACACUUGGAACAAUCACUUCAUUUGCUUCUCGCCCAACUCCAUCCAUGCGCUGCGCAACACUUCUGAGCUAAUGGAGGGAGCAUCCCUUGAUGACCGCAGCUCGACCCGCUUUUUACUGGAUCGUGACAAUGGGUGGAUGGUUGGGCCCAAACAUCGGCUGUUAUUCUGGGUGCCACCCACUUCUCGCCACCCAUUUUAUAACCCUCAGACUGCAUUGGUGAUACCUAGAGGAGGUCCUGAGCUUGAUUUGAGCCUCAUGGCACAUGGACAACAUUGGCAGAAGUGUCGAGAGGGACCUUAGUAGUAUUGAUGAUGACCGAAGAAGUAGUGGAUCCAUCAAGGAGAUUCCAGAUAAAAUUUAGAUGUGAAAGCGCCGGGUGUACAGUGUAUC